AUGAACAAAUUUGAAGAUGAUUUGAAAUAUGCUUAAAAAGCCAAUGGAAAUGAGUUUUUAAAUUGGUUAUAAAAUGUUAGCUUUGAACUCAUAAAAUAAAGAGAAUAUUUAUAUGGAUAAGAGUUUUUGAAAUUCUAACAUCUAGUAUAUGAACUAAUAUUCAAAUAAGAUGGAAUAUUAAAUAGUAGUUUUCGAACAACCUAAAUGCGAUUUGGAUCUAUAGAAGAUACACUGUUUUUUAUCAAAAUAUUAAAUACCCUUUCACCAAAUGAACAAUCAUUCUAUCAAUCAUUACCAUCUGAAUAUCCUUAUAAUUCAGUUUAAAUUGAUAUAUUACCUGCUCAUUUACAAUUAUAUUUAAAGGAUCCUUCUAUUGUUAAUAUGAAUUCUUAAUUUUAAACUUUUUAAGAAAUUUUCUAAGACAACAUUUUAGUUGAAAAAAAUCAAUUAAAAUUUUGUGUUAGUCCUAAAAUGAUGUUUUGGAUCUAUUUAUUAAAUGGUGCUAUUAAUUUCAAAGAAAGUGCAUUACAUGCAACAGAAAACAGUUAAAAAAUUCUUGAUUGUGCAUUUAGUAAAUGCAAAAAGAAAUUUAACACCAAAGACUUUUUACUAAAAUAGUUAACUUUUAAUCCUUACUUAAUUUUAAUAAGAAGAAUUAUUGAAUUUAUGGUUUAGUAAAUUAAACCAGGUUAUUCUAUGUAAAAUAAUUAAAAUAAACAAGUUAUUAUAUUCACAUUUAAAUAAAUGAUAAUUUUAUUAUAAGAAUAUUCAGUGUAUGAACAUUUAUAUGUUUAAAAGUUACUUGAUUUAAACCUAAAUAAUGAAUAAUAAAAAUUGUUUUAUAAAAUUAAACCAAGUAGUGUUAUAUUAGAUACACAAAUGAUGUUAGUCUAUCUAACCAUAUUUUUUAAUAAUAUGUAUGGUUAAGAUUUAGAAGCUACUUAUUAAUAGUUUAAACAUUUUAUCAAAAGUACAGAUAUCUUAAACAAGCAAAGUCAAAUUUAAACUAAUAGAGGAUUCUUUUUUGAAUGUGGAAGAUAAAAACAAUAAAUCACUUAUUAAUAAGGAUUAUAUAAAUUUUUAUAAAAUUCAUUUGAAUUAUAUCAUAAUGAAAGAUAAUGUAAUUAAAUCUCACUACUUUCACAUUUAGCUACAUAUGUCCUAUUUUUAAGAUAAGAAUUUGCAGCAUAUGAGAUUUCUAUAUAUAAUUAGGUAUUAAUAUUUGAUUAAGCAUUAAUGUCUUGUUUAGUAUCAUAGAAUGCAAUAUUAAAUUAUCUCUCUAAGCAAUAAAAUUUUUAAUAUAAAAGUAACAAUCCAAUAACUCGAUUUAUAUUAACAGAACUCUAACCUAUUUAUUAAAUACUCAAAAACAAAUUUGGAUAAUGUCCUUAAGCAAUUCUAUUUAAAUAAUUUAAACCUUCAAAUUUAUUUAAACCAUUAGAAUAAAAAUUUAAUUCUCUUGAAUAUUAAAUAGACUUUCAUUAUAGAGAAUUAAAACAGCAUUAAAAGGAAAUUAAAAAUAUAUUGAGAGUAUAUUAUCCAUUUUACACUAAAUUAUUAAUGACAAUACUAAAAUGCAUUAAUAAUUUAAGCUAUAUAAAUGAAUCUGAAUAUCAAGGCAUAAUGCAUCUAUUUACUUUUAUAUAUUCAUAAAAUUAAAAUUCUUUUUUUUGUGAUUUAUUAAAGUUUUAGAAUAAUUAACCAUAUUAAAUUCCUACUUAUUCAGAAGUUAAGAAUUUUUGUGAUAUCUAUGUUAAAAAUAGCAAAGAGGAAGAAUUUUAUAUAAAACAAAAUGAAAACAUAGGAAAAUGGAUAUAAUAAAUAAUUAUUUUACUAAUGCAAUUUUAACAAUAAAAGAACAUAAAAAAUGAUAUAAUUGUAUAAUAUUUAGGAGAAUAAUUCGGAAUUGCAUUAUCUUCAAUAAAAAUAGUUCCAAUGAGAAAUUUAAGUCCGUCAAAGAGUACUGGAAGAUUAUCUAGAACAAAAGUGUAAAUAUAAUUAGUUAAAUUUAGUUAAAUAAAUUAAUGGAAGGCUCCUUUAAGAGAUUAUGAAUUUUAUUUUCUCUUUAUUUUAAUGUGGUAUUUUAGUAUAUGCUUAGAUAAAUUACGAGGUUUAAAAAAUAAUGAAUAUCCUUUAACUUAAUGGCCUAGAAAGCUAGUUUCACCUGUAAAUCUUUUAAUUGUGUCAAUUUUAACAUACAUUAUCAUAACCUUAAUUUUCAUGAUCAUUUGA